AUGGAUGCCCAACAGCUUCGACCGGUGUACGUGAACGACUUCGGCUAUGGCGAGCGAGAAGAAAUUCAAGACUACAGGCCGGGCGGACUGCAUCCAACCCACCUUGGGGAUCUUCUUGGUGAGGAUGGUCGAUACAGGAUCGUACAUAAGCUCGGAAAUGGAGGCUUUGGGACAGUCUGGCUCUGCCGCGACACUGCGGAGAACAAGUGGGGGGCACUCAAGAUUCUACGGGCUGAAGACUCUACAGAGGACUGUGCAGAUUUCAGGAUCUGCAACAUGUUUGGGAAAAUGGACCCAGAGAAUAAACAGCUCCGUGACAGCCACAUCGCAUUUCCCACUGAUCAUUUCUGGCACGAUGGCCCAAAUGGCCGACACCUGUGCGUGGUCAUGCCUUUGCUCGGCCCGAACAUUGUUGGCGUCGCUCGAAAGCCACAGUUAUUGUGCAUCGUGGACGGCGAUGAGUACGAAUGGGAGCACGAAUCGUCAGCGAGUGAUCAUGGCGACAGAGAGAAUAUGUCGGACCAAGACAGCCGGAACCAAGAUCAGGAGGAUAUCUGUGAGUCGGACGAUAACGACGAAUCUCAGACUGCUGACGAAGAACAACAAUCAGACGCCCCACAGAGCGAGGAUGUCCAGCAAAAUGAUGUGUCGAUGCAUAACGACGCUGCCGAGACAGAUAGUGAAUCUGAACAGGGUGAAGUUGACUACGAAGGCACCGAGCACUGUCCCAGAUACCUCGUUGUCAAUGCGUAUCUCGGUGGUGCCUCGAAGUACAUUUCGGACAAUGUCGCUGUCAUCGACUUUGGAGAGUCCUUCCUAAAUUCUCAACCUCGGGACUCCACUGGUAUCCCAUCUGGCUACUGUUCUCCGGAGGGAUUCUUCGACGGCUGCGGCGAUCUUGGGUUCGCCAGCGACGUCUGGGCACUUGGAUGCACUCUGUUCGAAGUGAGGCAAGGCAGCUGUCCAUUCGGAAACGGCGAUAUUUGGUCUCUGAUGCCUCAUUGGGAGGAUCUCAGUGGCCCUAUGCCUGAGCCAUUCAGAUCGUCACUGGCAGAUGAUGCCGAGGUCCCAGAGGACCCUCAGCAGUGGGCGUCUGUCGACGAAGAGGAAAAGGAUGAUUGGACGCGACAGCACAUGCUUCCAACCGGAAUCUCUAGCGCGCUGCUCCAGAGCCUUUCAACAGAGAUUCAGUACUUGGUUCCCUUGGCGGAAGGCGAGGUAGCGCCUACUCCCCCACCACAGGGCUACGACAUCUGGCGGCCCAUGUACUUCAACAUGCCUGGUUUCAAGACAUGA